CCCAUACAGGACCGCCCAUACGAGUCACAGACUAUCCCAGCUGCUUCCUUCUCAAACAAAGCUAGCUGACCUUCAAUUUCAGCACCAUGGCGCCGGCGAACCUCGCUGCGGUGCUCGUCCUCGCCGUUCUCGUCUGCGCCUUCGCCGCUGCGCCUACUGCCGCGAAUUACUCAGGCGGCGCGCCCGCGCAGGAGAGCUGCCCGACGCAAAUCCAGUACUUCACCAACUGCCUGGCCCGUGACGAGAUCCGCGAGCAGUGCUGUACCGUGGUCGACAACCACAACUGCCUCUGCCUGCUGAAGCGGCAGGUGGAGGUGCCCUGCAGGCUGCACCGCCACCACCAACGCAAAUGCGGCCCGAUCGCAGAGCCUGCCCCACCCAAGGUGAAGCUGGCCGAGCUGCAGCACCUCCCGUGCUUCAAGGACCUCAAGUGCUAAAAAGCCUAGCCGGCCGUUUCGCGCACGUAUGCUUCGGUGUCUCGUUGUUCACUUGUUGCUUCUGUUUUUUUAUUCCUUUUGCUGUUGAUGUACUAGUGUACCGACUGGGCUUUGUUGUGUCCGUGUAAGCUUUCUUUUUCGUUUGUCACCCUCCUCCCAUAUAUAUAUGAACGUAAUGUGGUUCUGGAACUCUCCUUAAGGGAAAAAACAGUAGUAGUGACUUUUACCUAUCAUGCAUUUCGGCCUACACUUUUUA